AUGGUACAAAAUGUUAUAUCAAGUAUGCAAAGUAUUCCUGGCACCAAAGGUUCUGAAAUAAAAAAUAAAAUGCUACAGCUUCAGAAAAAAAAUAAAGGAUUUAAAUUAAUGAUACAAAUUAUAAAAGUUUUAACUGGGGACAACAACGUGACACUUCCUCAAGAUGUAUCUCCUAGUAUAGCUACAGACCUGAAAAAUUCUCCUACAACGUCUGUCGAUGUUGAGAGAUCAUUCAGCAUAUUAUAUAAGACAAUAAUCACGGACCGCCGUACUAACUUUACUCCGGAAAAUUUAGAAAAAUAUAUUAUUGUUCAUUCCUUUAAAAACAUUGUAUAA